AUGCGACGCGGCGUGCUCAUCUUCAUCGUCGUGAAUCUCCUGAUCGUCGCUUUCCUCGUCCGAAAUGUCUUUACGCUGUUGACCCUGCUGGUCGAGGACGCCUCGGAAGACGCCAUCCACCGCACUGAUUUCCCAUCCGCGGACUCGGGCUCGCCAGAGACUCGCCCCCAGAUCAUUCCUAAGAUCAUCCACCAGACCUAUAUCAAUGAGUCGAUUCCCCCGCAAUGGGUCGAGCCUCGACAGUCUUGCCUCGAAUUGCACCCAGACUAUGAGUAUAUGCUCUGGACAAAUGAAAAGUCGAGAGAGUUCAUCGCGACUGAAUACCCGUGGUUUUUGGAGACCUUUGAUGGCUACAAGUACCCGAUCCAGCGGGCUGAUUCUAUCCGCUACUUUAUCCUGAGCCACUAUGGCGGCACCUACAUUGACUUGGAUGAUGGCUGCCAACAACGCCUUGACCCCCUUCUUUCUUACCCAGCCUGGGUCCGCCGAACGAAGCCUACGGGAAUCUCCAACGACGCAAUGGGCUCAGUGCCGCAACACCCUUUCUUCCUGCGCGUGAUAGAGUCUCUGCAGGCAUACGACCGAAGUUGGCUUCUGCCAUACAUCACCGUCAUGUACUCGACCGGCCCGCUAUUUUUAUCUGUUAUCUGGAAGGAGUACAUGGGCCAGUCCAGGGAUGCCGAACGCGUCCGCGUACUGAUGCCGGAAGAAUACAACGGCACCCCAUGGAGUUUCUUCACGCACAACGUCGGCAACAGCUGGCACGGUGCUGAUGCCCAGCUUAUCUUCUGGAUGCUCCGCUACUGGGUCCUAUUGACCGUGGUCGGCUUCACCCUAGCCGGCGUGGUGGGCUUCUGCAUGUGGUCGGUUUACGGCCGAUUGCUGGUGGCCGGCCAGUACCGAUUCCGCGCCCGAGGGUCUUCUCCCUCGAGACGCCGCCCAUUGAGCAUUAUGCCCAACUUCCUCCGACGGAUCAGCUCGAAAACAUCGAUCUCAUCGGACGAGGAAAUCGGUCGCAAGUCGGAAGGCUACUUUGAUUAG